AUGAUCGAGAAAUAUUCGUCGCGGAUGGAAAUCGAACGAUCAGGCUUGUUCACGCGGACGUCUGCGGUAUUUGUUGCAGAAUGCACGUUUCCACCGAAAUGGGAGGGCACCUGGUUCCAGAGCGGAGUCAGACAGCCGAUCGUGAUCUCCAGGAAUGAAUUGUCCAGCAAGGGUAGGUGCCUGCACAACGAGGGCGACAAGUUCCUCCUGGUGGACCAGUGAGUAUAUUUUGAUUCAGCUUUUUUUGUACCUUGUAAAACGUAUUGAUCUAUUUUUUGUUGGAGUUUCUUUGAGUAAUUAACCUCUUCAGGGACGAAUUUUUCAAAGAGAAGAGAAAAUCAUUUAACUUUUUGUCUCGUGUGGCAAGUUUUUUGUUUUUCAUUGUUAAUUGAUUCCGCAGUGAAUAGUUCCCCAACGGAUUUUGACUUGUUUCACUUGGAUUAAUUUUAAUUUAUACACGUGUGUUAACGUUCCUGAAGAGGUUAAGAAUAUCAGUAACAUUCAAGUGUUAAAUUGAGAUAUGUAAAAGUAAUUAAGAGAUGCUACAAAUUGAAUGUUGCAAUCUCCUCUUCUACAUAGGAGAUUUUAUAUCGAAGUUGCGGAUGUUCAUACUAUUUUAUAACUAAGGAAAUCAAUGUAGAAAUUUAUCUCGUCUACUGAAUAUUGUAAUAAUGCUCUACUUUGGAUUUGUUUCGUCUACUGUAUAUUUGAAUAUUUCACAUAUCUUUUUAUGUAUUUGCUAAAUUUCUCGAACUUCGUUUCUCUCGCUCUUGCUGUAACUUCCGAAAUUACGAGAUUCUCCUGUUAUCGGAUUGCACGAAAAGGUGGGAGGGGGGGGGAGGGGACACGAAAACGCGGAGGGCCAAUCAUUCUCUCUUGAGUCACACUGAAAAUCGCGGAGUGAAACGUUAAAUUUGGAGAUGAAAGUUUCGCGAAGCGUCGACUCGUUAGAAAGACGCGAUGCAGCGGUUCGAGGCAAUAUGUUUUGAAAGCGCCUUCGGGCUAGAGGGAAUUAAGAGCAGCGUUGCCAGUUGUUUCUUCGCGAGAGAAGUGAGCGCACGCGAGCGAAAGAAAGAGGGAGCCUCGUCGAUUCGCCACGUAAUGCUCGUGUCACACGAGUUGGCUGAAGUUUUUGCGGAGAUUUCUAUCGGGCUCGCCUGCAAAGCGUGUUCGAUCGAUGUAGCGUCGAGCGAGAUAAAAAAAAAAAAAAAAAAAAACACGGAAAUGGCACUGGGGCUGAAAUCGACGCAGUGAAAUUUAAACGGUAAUCGUCGUUUCGUUUCGGCUUGAAUACAAAGAAAGAACCAAGUGCAUGCUUGUUGAUUUUCUGAUUUUAAUACCAUCUUGUGAGAGUUUCUAGCAAGUAAUAUCUUGAUAUACUGCAGUUGGAAAUUAGUAUAUUCGUUCAUUUUCAAGUGCAGUAUGAUUUUCGUAUUUUUUAAUGUAAAGCUACGAGGAAGAAAUUGAAUAA